GUAUAAGGAGUCGUGGCAGGAGGAGGGCUCCGGAAGGCAGGGGAGUCUGGGACAGGAGAGAGAAGGCUGCAGACCUACAGGGAGGGAGAAGAAGAGUCAGAAGGAAGAAGAGGACGGAGGAGGGCGCGCCGAGGAAGAGACAGGGCAAGAAGAAGUAAAGUGGGCCAGGAAGAAGACACUUAGAAGAGAGAGGAGCAAGGCACAGAUGACAUUACAGGGGUCGCUGGCCUGUCUCCUACUGGCCCUGUGCCUGGGCAGUGGGGAUGCUGGCCCAUUGCUGAGUGGAAAGGAGGAUGCUGGAGCAGGUGUUGGGGAGGUCUUCGGACACUGGGGAACCAAUGGCCAGCCACCACCUGGAGGCUACAACCAGGGCUAUCCUGGCGGGCCUGUGACUCCCUGGGGCCAGGGACCCUUUGGAGGCGCGGAUGGCAGCUCUGGAACCAACUCUCAGGGAGGCUCCUGGGGCCUCGGAGGCAACAGAGAGCCAUCCACCUCCGAGGCCAGCGCUCAGGGAGCUGAGGCUCAACCUGGUCCUGGCUCAGUGAGAAGCGGCAACCCACAUACAGAGUGCACCAACCCCCCACCAUCUGGCUCCGGCGGAAGCUCUGGCCACUUAGGGGGAAGCAGCAGCAGCAGUGGCAGCGGUGGCAGCAGUGGCAGCGGUGGUGGCAGCGGCGGCAGCGGCAGCAGUGGUAGCAGUGGUAGCAGUGGCAGCAGUGGCAGCAGUGGUAGCAGUGGCAGCAGUGGCAGUGGCAGCAGCAGUGGUGGCAGCAGUGGCAGCAGCAGCGACGGCAGUUCUGGGACCAGCUGGGAAUACAACACCAGCUCUUCCCCGGGGAGCAGCGGCGGAAUCAGAGGUGGAAAUAAGCCUGGGUGUGACAACCCAGGGAACGAAGUGCACGUGUCCGGGGGAUCCGGGGGUCAGCAGCAGCCCAGCGGAGGAGGUGAAGCUGUCAGCGGAGUCGAUACGCUGAACUCUCAGACGUCUCCUGGGCUCUUCAACUUUGACACUUUCUGGAAGAAUUUUAAGUCCAAACUGGGUUUCAUUAACUGGGACGCCAUCAACAAGGGCCAAGCCCCAGCCCCCAACACUCGAGCCCUCCUCUACUUCAGGCGACUCUGGGAGGAUUUCAAACGUAACACUCCUUUCUUGAACUGGAAAGAAAUUACUGAGGAUGCCGACAUGACCUCGCUCCAGAAGAGGGCCGGCGGCGCAGGUCAGCCCGGCUCAGGAUGGCAAGACGCGGCAGCCGUAACUUCUAAGAACAAUUAUAACCAGCAGGCAUAUCCUACAGUCCCUGGUGGGCAGUCUGCCGCCAAGAUCCCCCCUAAGGGGGGAGCCACGAUUUCUUCCUCGGCUUCCCGGGCGCAACCUGGCAUGCUGCAGUGGGUGAAGUUUUGGUGAAAAUUAUCUCCAGUCAUGACUGAGGCCCUGAGAAACAGCAGUCGGCAAGGAGCCGACCACGCCCCUCGCCCACGCCCCUCGCCCAGCUCUCUCCCUGUGCCCCGCCUGGUCUGGGUGCUGACACCUGCUUUCUCUAGGUUGGGGACCUGGCCUGUCUGUCCCUUGUUUCUUCCUACCCCACUGCGUCUCCUUGAUCACCAGCCUCGUCGGACAUACCGGCCACUUUCUUCACCCACUCUGUUUGUGACCUGGAGUCACUGUGACUUUCUUCAGGAGCUUCCUACUUUGGAGUGUCUCUGUGGAAAUAAAAAUGAACCCUGUUUCCCCAA